GUUAAAUGUUUUGACGUUUCAAUGUUUUCUUCGUUUUGUAAAUUUUGUACCUAUGAACAAUUUUGGUUCUACUGACCCCCAUAAACUGUGAGCAUGAAAGAUUUAUAAAAAAAUAACGAAAACACCCAGUUAAAAAUGGAAACAGAACAUUUAUUGGCCCUAAAAGUGAUGCGGCUCACUCGGCCCACUUUAGCCAGUCCCCUACCUAUAACCUGUGACAGUAAAGACUUGCCAGGUAAUUUAUUAAAUAAUGCAUUGCAACAGGACCCCACAUCGGUCCCUGGUUCGGAAACUAUAGCAGUGGGGCAAUUUCUCCUUUUACCACAAAACCCUGUAGACAUUUACUUGGGGGAAACGUUCUCAAGUUAUAUUUGUGUAUUUAGUGAAACUAGUCAGAUUGUUUAUAAUGUUAGUGUUAAGGUAGACUUACAGACAAGCAGUCAAAGGCUCCAACUAUCAAAUAAUCCUCCUACACCUCAAUUGAGCAGUGAUGAGACAAUUAAUACAGUCAUUCAUCAUGAGGUUAAAGAAAUUGGCACCCACAUAUUGGUUUGUGAAGUAACAUACCAAAAUGCAAUUGGUAUCCCACACACUUUUAGGAAGUUUUUCAAAAUCACAGUUUUAAAACCUCUGGAUGUAAAAACGAAGUUUUACAAUGCAGAGAAUGAUGAUGUCUGCUUGGAGGCCCAAGUUCAGAACAUCACCAGUGGCCCCAUUUGUUUGGAAAAAGUUUCCUUGGAUGCCUCACAUUUGUUUAAUGUAACAUGUUUAAACACAACUGAAGAUGGAGAGAGCAUAUUUGGUAUAUUUACAUUAUUGCAACCCCAAGCAAUAACCCAAUAUUUAUACUGUUUAUCGCCGAAUGAAAAAUUAGUGGCAGAUCUAAAGUCUCUCAGUGGAGCGACGAAUAUUGGUAAACUCGAUAUUGUCUGGAGAUCAAAUUUAGGUGAAAAAGGACGAUUGCAAACCAGCCAGUUACAAAGAAUGGGUCCCGAUUUUGGAGACAUCCGAUUGUCAAUCACUGAACUGCCCAAUUUUGUUAUGCUUGAACAGCUUUUCACUUUUAAGGCGAAAUUAACUAAUAAUGGUGAAAGAACGGUGGACUUUAUGCUUCACUUGGAAAACACGGAAAACAUUGCAUGGUGUGACAUUUCAGGCAUAAAAUUGGAUCCAUUACCUCCACACAGUUGUAAAAUAUUGGAGUUUAAGUGUAUUCCUUUGGUGCCUGGUUUGAGAACCAUUUCAGGGAUAAAAUUGGUGGACACUUUUUUGAAAAGGACUUAUCCCUAUGAUGAGUUGGGUCAAGUUUUUGUGUUUGUUGACCAGAGAGGGUCUAGAGAUGUACAUUAACAUUCGAAGAGAACAGAGAAGAAAGAGGAAAGGUCACAUUAUUAAUGUUUUAAAAAAAAAUUUAAUUUGAAAAUUUGAAAUCAAAUUCUGCGUUACUUAUCAACAGAUUUAACGAGCUAAUACUUCGUAGUAAUAUUUGGGUAAGAACGUUUAAUUGCAAUAAUGAAAUUUUUUUUUUGAAGUUCAAAUAGUUAGUUUAUUGGGUAAUUAUAUGGAAUAGCGGCUUUUGCGAAAAUUGGAUAUGGAUAUAUAUUUUUUACUAAGAGUGGCUAAAAGCCAGAUUUCAACAGGACAAGGGUGUUAUCACGCACUAAGUCACUGACGGCCGCAUGCGGGUUACGUAUCAGUUUGUCCAAUUUUAAUGCUAUGAGACAUAUUAAUCAUUAGUAUAAUUCUGUUUUCGAUUAGUUUUCUCAACAGGCAUGUGAAAAUUGAGGUGAGGUUGGGGAGAAGGCUUAAGCUGCAAAGCGAUAAAACGCAGUCGACGACAGAACUUGCAACACCCCACCCCAGGGACUCCCAACCCAACCUAAUCUCAGUUGUUACAAUUGGAGGGUCAAAAUUCUUAAUUUUUUUUAAGGUUCCCUGCAAUCCUCUCGAUAUUGAAGAUUUUUCAAAAUUUGUACAGCCUUUCUUAACAGAGCAAAUACUCUGUGGGCGGUACUACAUUUCUCCAUGACAUAGCGGCCGAAAAGUGUUUUUUAGAGUAUCAGGGUAUUAUCGGAUAAAGGUAAAAAUGUUACGAAGUUUGCCUGGAUAUAGUUGUUUUUGAGAGUAAAUACAAUUUUCUGCGAUUUAGUGAUACUUUGUUUGCAUCAAACCAAGCCCUUGCCAUCUUCUCUGCCCCUAAUGCCUUCCACUGGGCUACUAUAACAUAAGAGUUUGUUAAGUGGUAUUCUGUUAUUGUGUAUUUGCCCCAUCUUCAAAAUUAUCCAUAAUUGUUGUCAAAAGAUCCAGGAUAGCCUGGACAGUACCUCUUCCCCAACUAAAGCCAAAUUGGAAGUCGGAAAAUAAGUUAUUCUUCUCAAAUUACGAGGAAAUCUGGCCGUCCAUGCACUUGCGCAUCACGUUCGACAGAAUAGGAAGUAGAGAUAUGGGGCGGUAGUUUCAUACAUCGCGUGCUCAUUCCGCUUUUUGAAGAACGUCUGGAACCUCUACUUUUUUAAGACAUUAAUUGACAGAUUUACCAACUUUGUCAAUGAAACAAUUUUAAUACUAAAACCGUAAUUGUCCGUGCUGUUUUUAACUUUCAAGCUGUUAAUAAUCGCCGACAUCCGUUUUCAGUACCAUCAUUAAAACAGAAAGUGAAGGUUUUGGAGAGAUUUAGACGCCUUAAAUUUUCAAUUGGAUCAAUAUUUGUAUGUUGCAUUUUAUUAAUUAAAUUAGUAGUAAUUACACAUUGUUCGCAUUGAACUUUUAGCAGUUAUUUGCUUUUAAUUUUUCACAUUUUAUUGCCUCACGAUACUGUUUUUCGAAGUUUUUAUGCUCUGCCCAAUUUUCGAGUGUUAUACGCAUCACAAAACUUCUUUAAGAAGUGCAAUCUCUCUCAUCUGUCGCAAACCAUCAGUAGACCAUUUUACUUAAUGUGGACUAUUUUGUUUUAUCUUGUAAGCUUCUUCUGGUAUACAGCUUAGGUAUGCUGAGCCAAGAAAGCUGAAAAACAGGGAGAACUUCCUAUCCGCUGAUAAAUGAUAAUAAUAAUAAUAAUAAUAAAUGUCGUUUAUUCAAAAUUUACAGGUGUAGUUAACAAUAAUAACAUUCUAUAAUUAAGUAACCGAGAAGCAGGGCGCAGUCUAGCUAAGGCAGCUACUCUACUGAACUCUACUCAACGGUCAUAAGCUUAAGUUGGCAGGUUAUUGUAAAGUUUAAUGGCAUUGUACGUAAAAGAACGUUGAAAUAUUGCAGUCGAAUGACGAGGAAGUGUCAUCCUCUCUGGAAAUCGGAUCUCUCUUGUGUGAACGUUUAAACGAGGAACAAAUUUAUUCCGUAAAGUGGAGGGAAGGGAGGGGUUUAAUAAAACUUUAAAUAAAAAAUUACCUAAGUGUAACUCUCUGCGCCUGUCCAUCCUCAACCAGUUAAUUGCUAUAAUUUUAUAUAGUUAUAAUAUAAUUUUAUAAGGGGUUGAUAUUUGGAAUAAUGAGCAGUACUAUGUGGAUAAUCAUUUAGUAUUAACGAAGAUAAAAUGGUGUCGACUUAAUAAAUCCUAUCUAUUCCUUUCAGAAUACUAGACGCCGCACAAUCUAUAACAACAUAAUCCGUUGGCCAUCAACUGGUACACAAUUGUAAUUUUUUUAAUAUUGACUAUAAUAUUCUAGACUAUCUGCACUCAUAUAGUUUCUCCCAUAAGAAUAUCAUCCAACUUUAAAUGAGAUAAAUGUUGAGCACGACAUAAUAUGUCGUACUAUAUUAUAGUAAUCACUAUUAAAUUGAAGACCAUUUUCAAGUGCGAAUUCUAUUGGUUUUUUCUGUCCCUAAUUCAAGAAACUAUUUUUUAUUUUCAUGAUUUUUUUGUAGUACAACUGGUUUCUCUAUAUUUAUUAGUUUAGAAUUUUUAAAACAUUUUGGUCAAUUUUCUUUAGUUGCUUAUCAAUUUCAAGUUUUUUCCUUUUAUUUUUUAAUUCGGUAUUAGGAUUAAAUGGUUUUUUUUCUAUGGAUAGUUUUUAGAUUAGAUCUUAUCUUCAUGAUCAGCCUGUAUUAAUCCACCCCUGGACAUAGGCCUCUUCCAUGUUGACCUGUUUUGUGCUGGAAGCAUCCAGUUCCUUUUCGAUCUUCUCUGUAUGUCAUCUUAGCAUGGGUCUGCCUCUGCUUCUCUUUGUUCUCCGUGGUCUCCACUGCAUCAUGAUUUUCUCGUCAUUUCGUGCAACGUGUCCUACCAAGGCCACUUGUUUUUUGCAUGUAGUUUAUUAUAAAAUAUGACGUAACUCAUAGAAUAUGUUUUUUUGGUUCUUGUUCUGAUAUCCUCGAUCUUAUACGACUUUGAAUUUUGGUUAUGAAACGACUUAGCUUCAAAUUUCUCUUUCCGUUUAAAAUUUCAUAUCUUACGGUUUUAAGCCAAGCCAAACUCACACAUUGCUAAAUCUACCGCAUUUUACGAUCUUUGACCAUAAAGGAGCAAAUGGCAUGAUCCGCUUUAAUAAAUAGUGAACAAAUUCUUUGGACAUAAAUGCAUUUUUAUCAUAUUUUAUUUCACUUUGUCUUAAAUUUUUUGAAGAACUCUUCAUAAAUUCUUACCAAGAACGAGAAAAAAUGGGCAAGUGGAAUAUUCCUCUCUAAUUAAAAUGUCAUCUAUGUAAACUUAUUCGGUAAGUGAUUUGUACAGUCUUAUCUUCUAUGACGAUAAGUAGAAGAUUUGCUUAUGUUUAAUGUGGCUAUUCAGCUAAACAAAAAUGAAAGAGUGCAGUAAAGAUGUAAAUUCGUUACGUUACAUCCUUUUCCGCUAAUAUUUUCAAAGUAACAGUAAGAGAAAUUUUAAAAGUACAUGGCAAUACAUUCAUAAUUAUCUCGCUUCAUGGUAUCUAUACAUUCGUUUUCGUUGGUAAAAUACUUCUUCGUUAGCCUCGUGUAUUAAAUUAGGUAUUGAAGCUAUUCAGGAUUUUUUAGUUCUAAAUACAUCCUGUGUAUUGGUUCAACGUAUCAUAUUUGUUAGGUCUAGCUAAGGGUUUCCUGGCUAGUAUGUAAGCAAUUGGUAACAUUCUAUAACCAAUGACACAGUUAUAAAUUGAGGCGGUUAGAUGCAAAGGGGUGUAAGUACACAUUUAUGCAUUUUGAGAAAAACUUGUUCAAAGUUUAAGCUCUGAAAAAAAAAUCACGGCGAUUUAAAUAGAAUCAACCUAUUUUUUUUUAACUUUUUAAUGUAUGUAAAGAUUAUUUGCAUAUAUUUUAAUGCACUUAAGUUGGUAAUUUGAUGAAUACAGGGCUUAAAGUAAAGGUGUGUAUCACUUACACCCCUUUGCAUCUAAGAGUGGAAUUUUAUUUUUAUUUAACACUUUAUUUUUGAAUAUUACUUAUAUUAUAAUCUGCUUUAUUUCUUUACCUAUGAUUGCUAAAAUGAAUGCAAGCCAUUUUGUAAAGGGGGAUCGUAAAUUAUUAUAAAAUAGUUAAAUAACAGACUGAUAUAAUCGAAAGUUUAUUGACAAAAAGUCAAAACACUCACUCCUUCUAUUCAUCAUCGGAUUCCCAUUCAGCUGAAAUAUUUUCAGAAUUUUCUGCAACUGUGUAUCUUUGGCUAGUGGUGGCCUCGCUUCUUUCUUCUCCAUUUUCGUUUGUUGCUGAGGCUACAGUUUUUUUCGCGGUUCCUUGGUGUUUUAGUGAUGAAUAAAA